UUAUCAUCCUCUUGUCGUUGGAAAAGUACAAAACAUGGAGCUUUUAGAACUUGUUUGCGUUUCUUUUUGAGGCAUGGUGAUCAAUUUCAGAUGGCUUCUUUAGGAAGCACGUUUAUUCUCAUUAUAUCCGUUUGGUUGGGCUUGUGCAAGGGUGAAUCUCCGUUGAUGUCUCAGGUUUUUACAGAUGCUUACUCAGCGACUACAACUGGUUCAGGCUCUUCCAAACUUAACCUCUUGAUGAAUGUAUAUGAUAACGUCUGUUGGGUUCCUUCGACCGCCACGGAUCCUAACGAUUUUGUUGUGAUAAAUACAAAAGCGAGGAAUUGGCUAAUUGCAGUUGCUACAAGGGGCUGUGGGACGUUUGCAGACGAGUUUGUGAAAUCUUACAAACUAGAGUAUAGCCUCGAUAACAGGAACUGGAUUUUGUAUGAGGAGGAUGGGUCAGUGAAGAUUUUUGCAGCCAAUAACGAUUCUUCUACUAUAGUGAAACAUUACCUGACCUCUCCACUAGAAUUGGUUUAUCUAAGGCUGUAUCCAAUUGAAUAUAACACCGACAAAGGACUUCAGCUAGAGAUCUUCGUUGAAAGUGCAGAGUGUAACUAUAAUCUUGGAAUAGAGACUUUCAUGAUCGGCUCAGACCAAUUAUCAGCGUCUAGUUUUAAAGACAGUAGUCAUGAACCGAGGCAUGCAAGAAUCACCAACACUAAUGUAUGGUGCGCGGACCCAGGUGUAGGAGGUGACGUGUAUCUGCAGGUAGACUUAGGCGUUGCCACUAUAAUCACCGGCUUUUUCAGCAGACCUAUCACAAACAAUUAUGGUGUGAUGUCCUACAAAGUCAGCCACAGCCUUGACGCAACAACGUGGAAAGAUUACAAAGAGAACGGCAUAACUAAGGUGUUUUCACAUGAUGGGUCCUAUCAUGCGAUGGGAUUCUGGAUUUCCGAAUCAUUCAAGGCUUUACAUGUGCGCUUCACAUCAUUGUCGAGAAUCACCGAAGAUUGUAUGGGCUUAGAGCUAAUGGGAUGUCGAGGAAAAUGUCGGGACAUGGAUGUAGGAAUGGGAGAUGGCCGAAUUCCGGAUGGAAGCUUAGCAUCCUCAUCAACAAAGGAUGGCAAUACACCUGCUUCGAACGGUCGCUUGAGGUACACAGGCGGACAGUCAUGGUGUCCCUCUUCCGGCGAUGCCACGCCUUAUCUUGAAAUUGACCUAGGUUCGAGUCACAUCAUUUGCGUGCUUGCAACACAAGGCAAUCCUCAGGCCGAUGAGUGGACCACCCAGUUUAAAAUCGAGUUUUCAGUUAAUGGUACUUCUUGGCAAUAUUUCCAAUCUGGCGGAACAGACAAGGUAUUUACAGCCAACAGUGACCGGGGCACAAUCGUAAGACAGUUUUUAAGUAACGUUUUACUUGCACAAUAUAUACGAUUCCGACCAGUGGCAUGGAGCGGACUUGGGUGUCUUCGGACAGAGCUGUUUGGAGGGACAGAAAUUGGCUGUCAGAAAACACCGGUUGGACUCUCUGUAUAUGGACCAAUGCCUGGUCACCACGUCACAAGUACUACUUUCUAUAGUAAGCGUUAUGGUACGUUAAGAUCUCGAUUAUACUCCGAUUUUGGAUGGGCUGCACAAGAUGUUGGCGCGGAUAACUUCAUUCAGCUAGAUCUAGGCGACUCGUAUAUCAUUAGCGCCGUAGCAACGAUGGGCAACUCAGUCUUGGGAGAGUGGGUCACAGCAUAUAAAUUGCACUAUUCCAAGGAUGGAGAGACAUGGACUGCAAUACAGGAGGGAGGCACUGAAAGGGUUUUCGCUGGCAAUACUGCAAGUGGUUUGAACUACGUAAAAAACACGUUCUCUCCUGUCAUAAUGAUGUUCGUCAAGCUCAUACCAACAAGCUACUACCAAUACUUGACAAUACGUAUUGAGUAUUACGGAAUAAAGCAAGACUGUUGUAGAAGUUUGGGAGUUGAGUACAAGUCACAAAUGGAUGAUUCGCGUAUCACAUCGUCCUCGAACUCGGACGCGACUCAUGUUGCUAGUAUCGGACGCUUGUACGAUUGGAGGAGUGGCUGGUGUCGAUCAGACGCUACGCCUUCUACCGACGAAUACCUGCAAGUUGACCUUGCCCAAACGACACAUAUAGCUGGUUUUAAAGUUCAGAAGGACAAGGACCAUAAUUACUACACCACCUCAUACGAUGUCUGGGUGGGAACCAGCCUAUCAACUUGGCAGCAAUUUACGGGCAUAACUCUAACAACACCUAAUGAGGAGAUGCCUGAAGUGCAUUGGCUGAGCGAGUCUACAACUGCUCGCUACGUUCGUUAUAUUCCCAAAACAUGGAUGGGAAACGGUUGUAUGAGAGUCGAGGUUGUGGGGAGAAAAGUUACUGAAUGUUCGGCAGCUGCAUUACAUCCACCCUGUGAUACCCUUUGUGUCGUCGCUGACACUGACAGUGGGUACCAAUGCCUUUGCAAUCCUGGCUAUCAUUUAGAUAGCGACCCACACAUAUGCAGCGACAUUGACGAGUGCACUAGCGGGAGUCAUACAUGUGCACCUAGUGGUGGUGUCUGUACAAAUACCAUGGGCUCAUACACGUGCGCCUGCGAUUCGGGAUAUACUGGCGAUGGACAAAUAUGCACAGAUGUUGACGAGUGUUCGACUGGGAGCCACACAUGCGCACCUAGUGGAAGCACGUGUACAAACAAUGCAGGCUCAUUCACGUGCGCGUGCAACGCAGGAUAUACUGGAGAUGGGUAUUCUUGUUUAGAUAUUGAUGAAUGUUCCAGCGGAGGCCACUUAUGCGCGCCAAGUGGAAGCACGUGUACAAACACCGUUGGCGCAUUCACGUGCGCAUGCAAUGCAGGGUAUACCGGUGACGGAGUAACAUGCACUGAUAUUGACGAAUGUUCCGAUGGAACCAACACUUGCGCACCGAUAGGUAGCUCGUGCACAAACAACGCAGGCUCAUACACUUGCUCUUGUAAUGCUGGAUACGCCGGCGACGGAGAGACUUGCGUAGAGGAUAUUGAUGAAUGUUCGAGCGGGGCUCAUACAUGUGCUCCAAGUGGCAGCACGUGCACAAACACCGUGGGCUCAUACACUUGCGCUUGUAAUGUUGGAUAUACCGGCGACGGGGAGACUUGCGUAGAUAUCGACGAAUGCUCAGCUGGAAGUCACACAUGUGCCCCUAGUGUUAGCACUUGUACAAACACCGUGGGAUCAUUCACUUGUGCAUGUAACGCUGGUUACACAGGAGACGGAGAGGCUUGCACAGACAUUGAUGAAUGUACUGACGGAGUCCACACAUGCGCUCUCAAUGGCAGCACGUGCACAAACACGGUGGGCUCAUACACAUGCGCGUGUAAUGCAGGGUAUACCGGUAACGGAGAAACUUGUGCAGAUAUUGACGAAUGCUCCGCUGGAAGCCACACAUGCGCACCGAGUGGAAGCACGUGCACAAACAACGUGGGCUCAUACGUAUGCACAUGCAGUACUGGAUACAGCGGUGAUGGAGAUACUUGCACAGAUAUUGAUGAAUGUACUGGACUUCACACAUGCGCCUCUGUCGGCAGUACGUGUACUAACAGUGUAGGAUCCUACUCAUGUUCCUGCAAUAUUCUAUACACGGGAGAUGGUCAUACUUGUACAGACCUGUGUAGUGCUGAAAACAGCUGUGCUCCAAUUGGAAGCUCGUGCACAUUAACCAAUGACUCAUACACUUGUGCCUGCAAUUCAGGUUUUCUUGGAGACGGGUAUAAUUGUACAGAAAUCGACGAGUGUGUCACUGGAUCACACACAUGCGCAGUUAACACAAGCACGUGCACAAACAAUGUGGGCUCAUUCACAUGCGCCUGUAAUCCGGGGUACAAUGGAGAUGGACAUGUGUGUUCAGAUGUCGAUGAAUGUUCUACUGGAACCAGCACUUGCGCCCCAAUGGGCAGCGUUUGUACGAAUACUUUCGGCUCACACACGUGUGCCUGUAUUAGUGGGUUUACAGGGAGUGGUCACGAUUGUAAUGACAUCAACGAGUGUGCUGCCGACAUUUUCCCCUGUGCACCUAGCGGUAGCAACUGCACGAACACUAUGGGCUCAUUCACGUGCUCUUGUAGCCCAGGAUUCAUCGGCGAUGGACAUAACUGUACAGAUUUUGACGAGUGUAUCGACGGGAAUCAUACUUGCGCACCUAUUGGUGGCAAUUGCACAAACACCGUGGGCUCAUACACGUGCACUUGUACUGCUGAAUAUGUAGGCAACGGGCACUACUGUUCAGUUUUAAAUACUGGAAGGGGUACAGUUGGAGCUAGUACGGUAACUGGUGCCAUAGCAGGAGGAAGUGUAGGGGGGCUGUUUCUUAUCGGAGCAAUUGUUGCUGCAAUCUUCAUAACAAGAUAUAGGAGGAAAAGGACAACUAUCUCACACAGACAGCCCCAGGAUGAUGAACUCAUAGCAAUCGAAAUGAUCGAUCAAGGUGAUGACCAAGAGAUUCCAAAGAUAAUAGAUGGAGUCUCAGCCACAAGAAACAACGAGUCAAAAGUAACUUCUGCACUCGUUCAUACCGCGCCGCAAAGGUCUGAUCAACCGCCUAAUAUGCCUAAAAGACUAUUUGAAAUGCGGAAAUACCAAUUCUAUAAAGACCUUCCCCCACAUUACGCGACCCCAGGACGAAGACGAUCUUUUAGUGGAUUCCAUCUCGAUGAAAAGGAUAUGGUUUUGGCAUACAAAAGUUAUUCUGAGCUUUCUGUGCUAAGCGAAGAGUGGAUUGAAGGAUGGAGAACUUAUCAAACUGAUGACAGUACACAGUUUACAGAGAGCCCCACAGCAGGACGAUGUCAGAGGUCCUACUCCGAGUUUUACCCCACAACAUUCUCGCAGCCAUCGUCUCGUGAAAGUCGUUCCGAUAUGAGAGUAGAAGUCCCAUCUGCUUUAGUAAGUGCUUUAAAGAAAAGUCAAACUUUUGAGGAUGCUAGAAACGCCGCACCUUCUAGUCCCACAGCUCAAGUCACCAGAAGUAGUAUAGAAUCGCAGGCCUCGAAAGAAUCUAUAAAAGCGUCAGAUGACAGAACUAAUCAAGUAUUGAAUUACGCAUCUUCCGAGACAAGCUCACAAGAGGGACAGCGCCUUUUGGAUGUUACUCCAUCUACAAACAAGCAAUGUUCGAAAGCGUCUGUUUUAGGACGAUUAUCUCAAGAAUCGUUUCCGUCUUCAAGCUCUUCUUACGGAGACUACCGCAGUUCUGAUGAAGUUGGAGAGCCUAUUAAGCUAGAUAAAUUCGAGUCCCAGAGAAGACGUGUUUCUGUCGCUAUUAGCGGACUCUUGUCGUCAAUUGAUAAUAAAACCAACUUCUCUAUACUCCUUGGCACCCCCACAACAAGCCAGUCUAGCUUAUCAAUACAAGACGAAGUCGACCGGAGAAAAAGCUCGAAACUAACAGAUGAUUUACAAUCAAAUCGAACUGAUACAACCUCACGCUCCUCAUCAAAUGAAAAAGUUGUCGAAAGAAAUGCAUCGUCUUUAGGGGCUAUUGGGUAUGCCGGGUCCAGCACAAGAACAAGUUUACGCUCCCUUAGCAGCGAUGUAAUUGAUAAUUCGCUGAUAGAUUUGAAAAGAGAAGCAGAAAAUUUUACGCCUCGCGAGCCCCUGACGGAUCAAAAGCAUCAUUCAGCAUCCGGUGAAGCUUCCCCUGUGGUAACAUCUACGGUCAACACGCUCAAGUCGGAAAAAGAUUUAAAUACUGAUAUGGACAGGUCUCAGGCUUUUGUUAUGGGAGUAACAGAUAAAGUUGCCUCUCUUACUACUGUAGUAAACGAUCGCCCGUCUAUUGAAGAGCCUCAAAAAGAGGUUGACACUUCACCAGGCUUCGAACCAGAACAGGCAUCAAACGAUCAAGAACUUGGACGUAAGAAUGCGAAAAAGCGUCAUGGAGUGUUUGGAUUCGCCCGUAAAAAUAUCUGGGAUAGAUGGCGGAAAUCUAAGCCUGAUGCAUCACCAUUAGAGGAAAAUACAGCGCAACACCAGACUCUUUCGGAAUUAACAUCCUCUCCUGGUCCCUCGAUUGCAGUUUUAUCAGUUGAACCAAAGCUGUCUUCAAGUUUUAAUGAUAGCCCCACUAAAGAUGUUGAAAGUAACGCCGCGGCUCGAUCUUCAAUAUCUAAUCUCUCAGUCAGGAGCUUUUCGUUGUCUACAGAAGAUUUGAAGACAAAUAACAACGUGCAUGGUCCUAAGGGAACUUCGCCGCAGAGCGUAGUCUCUGGUUUCACUGAGGGAUCCAUUUGCAGCGAGAAGUCUUUAGAAAAAAAGGACUACACGUCGAAUACGUCUCAUCCAACAAGUACAGAGACUGGACCCCGAUCCCACGUGAUGUACGAUUGGAACAGUUAUCGAAGUGAGCACGGUUCACCAUCUACUGAGAACUCUAUUGACAGCGGGAGUGAGAGGCUGUCGCCUCUUUACUCCCCCACCACUUUUUCUGAAGCAUCUUCUCGUGCAAGUCCAACAAGUUCUACCACGAGCGCAGAUGCGCCAGUUGCUCUGAGUGAGGACAGUUCGAUUUCUCCAUCCCAUCAGAUAUUCUGGACCGCCAGUCACCCGUCAGCGCAUAGCCAAGCCGCGGCUUCUGGAGAGUUGAGCUCAUAUCAGACACCGACUACCAACAUCGAAGCGGCUUCUGACACGAGUGAAACCCAAAGAGCAUUAUACAAGAGUGUGUAUGUGGCUUUGGGAAGUAUAAUACCUGAAUUGAUCGAUACCACAAGGAAGCAAGUGUCUGACAAGCGUGAUAAAGAAAUUAAGGACAAGUCUCAUUUUAUGUCAAGUUCCGAAGUGUCAGAUGAAGAAAUGACAUCAAUUGGACGACCGGAAUCGAUAACGACUAAGAAAAGUUUGUCUUCAACUGAUAAAAACACUAACUCAAGUUCAAGGAUAGACAUGAGCCAACUAGUAGACCCAAACGAAAUAUCGACGGAAGCGUUGUACCAUGCAUUCACGCCAGGCGAAGGUCAAUCAAGCUUAAGGGCUAAAGAAUCGCUAGUUGUUAACAGUGAGACGAACUCGAUUUCCGAUAAAGAAGAAUUUACACGUGUGCAAGGAAAGACGGAGUCGGAUUCUUAUAUGUUCGGUUUAAGCCACAGUGGUUCGGACGGUCAUAGUGUAUCUCGUGAAUCGGCAAGUUCUGCGUUUUCAUCAAGUGAUGACAUGGGGGAGCCCUUAAAACUGGAUAAAUUUGAACACCAGCGAAAACACGUUUCGUUGGCUAUUGGGGGUCUUUUAUCAGCCUUGGACAAACAGAGCACUGUACUUCGUGGUAGCUCCAAAACAAGCCAUUCUAGUUUGUCCUCACAAGGUGAGGUCCAAAAAGGAGAAAGUAUAAAACCUGUGAAUCCCACGUACCAACCGAAAAAAAUUUCCAGUUCUGUGUCAUUUGAAAGAAGUGACAAGUCUCAGAAAGAGGGUGGCGAAGGGAAUAUAAAAGACCACCGUACAUUGCCUAGCGGAGAUUUGACUGGGCAAAUAAUAGCCCUGGACAAUAAGACAUCGGACAUAGACAUCCAGUCUCUCAGUAUCGAGACGGAAUCAGAAGAUUCUUAUAUUGAAAAGUCGAGUUCGUCGGUCUGUAUUGUAGAUAUCGAGAGUGAAAACUCCAGUCGAAAUGAAAUACAGGGGAAUGCUGAAGCUGUCAAUAAAGCUCUCCAGGCGAUAGACGACACUGAUAGGGAAGAGUACAUCUCUUCUUGUGUUGAGACAGAACAAUCAUGCGACGAUCUUGGACCCAAGAAAACGCAUGUAAAGAAGCGCCAUGGUGUGUUUGGAUUUGCUGGGAAAAAUAUCUGGGAGAGAUGGCGAACACAAAAACCAUCUACUGAGCCUGUUUCGAUAAUGCAGUCUCAAAACACUCCACCAGUUGAAACCGAAUUGUCUGCCGGAAGUCGGACAAGUCUGCCGAAAGUCAGCGCAAUUAAACCUUCUGUGGCGUACGGCCAAUUGGAUGACACUGAGAUACAUGAAACUAACCUUUCCGCGUCCUCAAUCCCUAGCGAGAAAGUCAAAAGCUUGUUUAUGUCUUCCACUUUAGACACCCCAUCAUCACUGAGCAUAACAUCGGGUUCUACGGAGAAUUCCAUUUUGGUCGAUCAAGGUCAAUCAAGUAAGGAAUCUCAAACCACCCAGGAACCGUCUUCCAGAAAUUCAAGCAUAGACCUCGACAAACGCGUAGAUGUUUUCCUCGAAAAGCUAGAGAAAGAAAGAAGAGCAUCAUUUCGCUCUGCAAGUUCUGCUUCCCAGGAACACAUGCCAGGGAGUUUACCUGAUGCCUUAAAUCCGUCAGUACCAGCUAGCUUAUCAAUCAAGAAGACCGAGUCCCGCGUCUCCAUCAGCAGUGAUCGUAUUGACGAGUUUCUAGACAAACUCGAACGUGAGCGAAGGUAUUCUAUGCUCCCUUCGGGCUCAAAUUUCUCAUCUUCGAGAUGUGAUGUCCCACAACUUGUUACAGACGAAUCAGUCAUAUCUCACGAAAAAGCGUCAACUUCUUCAGCUACUAAUUUUAAGGAAUCCCAAACCUCCAGACUUCACUCUACUGGCACUGCUGAUGUAGCAGAAUGUAUACAAUCAGCAAGUCCCUUGAGUUCAACUCACGAGAGGAAAACACCAGAGUCUUUCAGUGAGAGUUCUACCAACGGCGAAUGGCCUUGGGGAAGACGGCGCUCCCCAGCAAGCAGCAACGAUUCGUAUGGCAAGCUGCCAUCAGAUGUUCCACCGGCUCCCAGCCUUGAAAGAUGGAAUACGAUUGUGGAUGCUAUUCGAAAGAAAAAGGAGACGAAUCGUAGGUUGUCUGAUUCCGAUGCUGAGUCUCCCGAUUAUACUGUGCGCAAUGGUGCUCGUUGGUUAUAUAAAAGCGACUCUCAGCUUUCGGAAUUAAGUUCUACCGACUACUGUGACCCUAGUAUCAUCAAGAAAGUUUUAGGAGUCAAAUCCAGCAAGGAAAUCUCUUUGCUGGAGAAAGAUGUUACAACAAGCGAAUCUGUGUACACGAGUCGCUCAACACCUUCCGAUCAUGGAUUAUUGAAAUCAAAAGAUCCGCAUCCAGAUACACUUCAAACGACAUCGCAAGACCAAUCCAAGAGUCGGUCUGGUAUCAAAGCAUCGCAUUCUGGUGACAAGUCUCAAGUGUCGGCGCCGCUUGCACAUGGAGACAGGUUACCUGGUAUCGCUCAGGCAAUGCCUCUGGAAAAGCAAGACACACCAGCACUAGGGGUCGAAAUGUCAAAUAACUAUCCAAGUCCUUACAUAGCAUCAUCAGAAUCAGAUGAUUCUCUUGAUAAAUCCAUUAAAGAUUACUCGGACAGUAAUUCUAGUGGGAUUGGAGAGCCUGAUGAAAUCGACAAAUUUAAGCGCUAUCGAAAACGUUUUCUAAUGGCGAUUGGAAGUCUUCUAUCAUCCAUUGAUCACAAAGGUAGCCCCUCUAUACUUUCUGGUACUUCGGCAACAAGCCAAUCUAGCGUGUCAACGGAAGGUGAAGUAGACAAGGGAGAAAGUCAACACCUUACAGACUAUUUACAAUCGAAGAAGACAGACGAGAGCCCCCACUCUACGUCAUUUACGAAAGUUGAAGAAAUAAGUACUUUAACUUCAGGAGAUAUGGAAAGAACAGGGCCGAUAGCCGAAUCCCGUCUACGUUCUCCCGGAAGCGGUACUAUUGGGGCCAGACACCAUUCAAUGUUGAAUACAGAAUCUGGCACAGAAGAGCUGUUUCAGAAGAAAAUGCCAGAGAAGAAAGAAGUCGUACACGUGACCACGACAGAGAUGACAAACAAGACAAUAAAAGAGUCUGAACAUGCUCAGUAUCAGUCUCCAAGUGCUGCAGGAAGAAAUGCUUCCGAAAAUCAAGAAGGACUCGUAAAAAAGCGUCAUGGUGUGUUUGGGUUUGCCCGCAGAAACAUCUGGGACAGAUGGAGAAGAUCCAAACCCAAUACGUCUUUACCAAUACACACGGAAACGCCUUCUGAGCCUGAUCAAACGCAACAGCUGUCAGGGAUUGCCCAACCAGUUGCUGUGGAAUUAUCUACAGGCACUGAAAUGCAAACUUCUGUACGUGAGACACCCUCGGAAGUUAAGAGCUUGUCCAUGCCUUCCACUACUGAUUCAAGCUUCAAUUUCCAUGAGCAAUCACAGAGCGUAACAUCAGGUGCUAUCAAGAGUUCUUUUUCGCUCAAAAACAGCCAAACAAGUGAAGAGUCGUCAAACAAACAGGAACUUUCUGUAUUCCAUCCACUCGAAGACCUCAACAAACGCUUGGACGCUUUCCUUGAAAAAGUAGCGCAAGAAAGAAGAAACUCAUUUCGCUCCACAAGCUCCACCUCUCACGACCACUCAGGAAGUGCACAGUUAGCUCAUUCCAAAGAUGACGCCAUCAAUCCCUCUCUAACAUCCAUCUCAAUCAGAAAGACGGAAUCCCGCGUCUCCGUUAGCAGUGAUCGUAUUGACAAGUUUCUUGAAAAACUCGAACACGAGCGAAGAAACUCUGUGCUCCCUUCAAGCUCUCAUUUCUUAACUGCGAAAAACAUUCAAGACUAUGAAAUAACAGAUCCCAAACCCAAUACUGCUCCAGUCACAUCAACCAACAACGAAGAAUCAAUCCCUAUAUUCACAAAGGUCAAUACAUCCAUGACAUCUGCGUCUUCAUCAGCUAAAGUUCACUUUUCGAACGCUGCUUCUGACCAUGACGAACCACAAAGUCCUGUUAAUGCUUUUCAUGAUAUGAAAACACUAGAAUCCUUUAGUGAGGGUCCUACCAGUGGCGAGUGGUCUCUGAAAGGACACCGCUCCCCAACAAGCAGCAACGAUUCUUAUGGAAAGGUGCAAGCGGAUGUUCCACCGGCACCAAGCCUUGAAAGAUGGAAUAUGAUUGUGGAUGCCAUUCAAAAGAAAAAUCAAUCGAAUCGUAGGUUUUCAGAAUCUGACGUUGAGUCUCCAGAAGGUUAUGAUGUAUAUUCCUCUUAUAAAAGUGAAUCUCAGCUUUUGGAAGCACAAUCUGCUGACUACUGCGACCCUCGUUUUAUAAGGAAGAUUUUUGGAAUCGAGGAGGAAUUCAGCAGAGAAACCCCUCUGGUGGAGGAAGAUGUCACAACAAGCGAGUCCUCUGUGAAAACGAAUCUGGCUACGUAUUCUAACCGUGAAUUAUCGAAGUCCGAGGCAUCCGAUUCAAGUAUCGAAUCAAAAGCCGAAGAGAAGAAAUCUCAAGGGAUCCAGUCGCUAGCCCUGGGAGAUGUUUGUUACGGCUUCGUACAAACUUCGUACUCUAACCGUGAAUUAUCGGAGUCCGAGGCAUCCGAUUCAAGUAUCGAAUCAAAAGCCGAAGAGAAGAAAUCUCAAGGGAUCCAGUCGCUAGCCCUGUGAGAUGUUUGUUACGAAAGCCAUGUUAUCGGACAAUCUCCAAGCACUCCUCUGUAACCCAUGUAAUUAAUUACGCAAAUUUUCCUUUUAUAAAGUUUUAUAUAGAUUGUAUAUUUGGAGUUACCUAAAAUUUUAAAAGCUAAGCCGUUGUCAAGCCAGCUUUAAUCCCCCCCCCCACCCAGUUUAAGCUCUUUUUGUUUGUAUCCUUUCUUGUAAUAAAUGAUUUAUUUUAUGUAA